AUGCCAACAAGCUCAACACCAUACUUGACUGCAGAUCAUUACAGUCAAGGGAGUGGCGCAUGGGAAAGGCUGUCUCACGCGAAAGCCACUGGAGCAGAGUACGACUCGAAUGAACGCCGAUCUUUCUCGCAAUGUCUACCAGGGACGCGGCAAGAGCUCUUGACGAAGUUGGGCAAGGCGAUGAAUGAGGAAGCAGGUCAGGUUAUCUGGCUAUUCGGGGAGUCAGGUUCCGGGAAGUCGAGCGUCGCGCACACUAUUGCCAGACAGCUGAGCACCCAGAACCAGCUUGCUGCGACAUUCUUCUUCUCGCGCCGGCGGACGCAUGCUGACCGAAGCGAUGCCAACCUCGUAUUCCCCACCCUUGCGUAUCAAAUCGGUCUUCUCCACCUAAGGGCAAGAUCAGCUGUUGUCAAAGCUAUCACCGAUGAUCCAGAACUUCUUUCGAACCUAAAGUCUCGGACGGAUCAGUUCGAGCAUCUAGUCAAAGCGCCUUUGAGAAGUCUGCAACACGUUUGGGCAAUACCGAGGAAGGUGAUAAUAGAUGCAGUCGAUGAAGUAGUGACAGGCGAUCGAGGCUCCCUUGAGUCGCUAGUCUGCUCUCUGAACGAGCUCGUCCGCGAUCUCGACAUCCCAAUUUCGCACAUACUGGUGACAAGCCGCCCCUUUCCUUCAUUAGUCACCCUGUCACGAACUCUAGCGACCAAUGGCCGGCUGACAGUGUUGAAUAUGCAGCAAUUUAGUCCCAAUUAUGACAUUGAACUCUUCUUGAAACAUUCCUUCGAUAACAUUUACGACAUCCACGAACUUUCUUUCCUCCACGAGCGACCGUGGCCUUCUUCUACCAUCCUAACCUCACUUUCCACCCGCAUCAAGGGAAGAUUCAUUGUUGCCGCAACAAUUGUCAGGCUGAUUGAAAACGCCGAAAGCCCAAGCGACUGCCUCGACCUGAUCUCGAGGAUGUAUGAGGGGACCAUGGACCCCAUCGACCUCGACCUUGGCAACAUCGACUCGAUCUAUUCCUACGUGCUUUCCUCGGGUGAUGAGCAGAAUCAGCGGUCGGGAGUGGAGUACUUGUCCGAUAUCAUGACCCUGGCGCGACCAUUGACGUUGGAUGGCAUCUGCACGCUGUCUGGCGUGGACGUUUCGAAGCACAUCGUACACCUCUCGGCGAUCGUCUCUCUACCUCCCAUGUACUAUUCGACGACCGUGCAAGUGUAUCAUUCGUCUCUCCGGGACUACCUCUGGGAUAGCUCUAGGUCCGGCAACAUCUGCGUCUCUCCGCCUACCUCACAUGGCCGUCUGGCCGUCUGGUGCUUUCAGCUCAUGAAACGAAAACUACUCAAGGUCAAGCUUCUAAAAGACGAGGUCAAGCCUCCUCUUCAAUAUGCCAUGUCUUUUUGGUGCUACCACCUGCAACGCUCGGACCCGAACCGGCAGAUUCAAGCCCUAACCCUCGACUUCGUCAGGAACCGAGCGGUAUUGUUUCUCGAAACAGCCAUCGCAAUGGGGAAGUUUCCCGAAGCGAUGUCCUGUCUCAUCCAAGCCCGAUUUACGAUGAUGGUUAGCUUCGGUUUUGCCUGA